AACCGCCUAGCCAAGAUGGCAACCGCCGCCUCGCCCCCGCCGUCGUGGGUCAUCCUGGGCAGCGUGCCGCGGGUGCUGUCGGCCGCCGCCGCCGACGCCGACCUCCCUCCGGGUCCGGGCGCCGCCGACUUCUCCCUCGCGCUGCCGGCGCCACCGCGCGUCGCGAUCCUCACCAUCCCGCCGCGCAUCUUCCCGUCCCGCACCACCCCCAAGAACUUCCCCUCCGUCCUCGCCGCCGACUCCUCCGCGGGCCUCCUCCUCCUCCACGCCGACCAGGGCCGCGCCACGGGGCCCACCAUCAUCGACACCCCCGGCCGCCAGGAGUUCUCCUGGCGCCCGCUCGUCGCGGGCUACUUCGUGCUGGACGCCGCCGCCGGCUCCGCCCUGCCGCUCCCCAAGCCCGAGCUCAUCGCGCACCCGGGCCACCUCGGCCUCAUCGCCUCCCCGGACGGCGAGGGCUACAUGGUCGCCGAGCUGCAGCCCUUCCUCGGCAGCGACAUGGCCAUCCUCCUGCGCUUCUCGUCGCAGGUCGGGGAGUGGGUCAGCAAGAGCGUCGGCUUCCCGCUCCCGGCCCGCCAGCUCAGCCCCAACGGCGUCGUCUCCUGCUCCGGGACGCUCUGGUGGGUCGACCUCUCCUGGUGCCUCCUCAGCUGCGACCCCUUCGCCGACGCGCCGGCGCUAACCGUCGUCCCGCUCCCGGACGGCAAGGCGCUCAAGUCCAUGGAAGCCUGGGGGCUGCUCGACAAGUACCGCUGCGUGGGCGUCAGCGCCGGCAAGCUGCGGUUCGUCGACAUGUACCGCAACCGCAACAGCAACGGCGCCGCACAGAUCAGCGUCUGGACGCUCGCCGACUAUCCAGAGUCCACGGAGUGGACACUGGAGUACGAGGCCACCUUCACGGAGAUCUGCAACCAUACCAGCUACAAGGCCACUGGUCUGCCAAAGAAGAUACCCGUGCUCGCGUUCAUCCAUCCCACCAACCCCGACGUGGUCUACUUCUUCCAGGACGAGCACCUGAUCGGCGUCGACGUGCGCGCUCGCAAGGUCGUGGGGUGCGAGGUGUACGAGCUGGUUGAGCCGCCGCGCGAAGACGUCGCUUCCCGCUUCGUUCACGCUUGGCAGCUGCCACAGGCUCUCUGCUCAGGUCCUGUGGAGAACACCGUCGAUGGCGCGGUUGAAGAGCUGCAGCAACUGAAUCUGUCCGAUUAUCUGAAAAAGGACAAGCUCAUCUAUUAGAUGAAGAUGAGGAAUGAGAAGCAGGUUUAACUUAUUAACAGGUAGGGGAAGUAAUACUACAUCGGAGUACCAGGUGGUUCUGACGCUGGGUGACCUGUCUCGGUUGGCGACGGCUGAAAUGUUUUGGUGAUCACUGCUUUAGUUGAGACGUCAUUUGGUGAUCACUGUUUUUUUAUGAUGUAGCACUAUGCAUGGAUCAUGGAUGAUCCACUGUCUUGGCUCAGAACCAAAAUUCAGUUCUCAUGGGUAAUACUGUAAGGCAGUACUAAUUCAGUUAAGCUCUCGUUUCCCCUUUUGAGGGAACAAACAGUUAA